CUGCCACCCAAUUCACAGAGAAGCCACAUUACUUUAGUUCUUUAAAAAAAAUAUAUUAGAAAAGGACAAUUAAGCUCGUUAAUUUUAGAGAUUGUGGAGGGACGGCUGACGCUAUCUGCUUGGCUGAUUUUUUCCCCCUGAUUUUUUAGAAAGAAAAACCCGUUUUUGGAGAGAGAAAGAAAGUGAGAGAAACGGCUAAAUUUACUGGUUUUGCUGCUAGCUAGAAACAAGCGGAGAUCGAGGAGGGGGAUUUCAAAAGAGGGUUUGUUCCGGGGUGUGGAUAAAACCCAUUUUUUGUUUUUGAUCUGAGUUUUAGAGCAGAAAAAAAUAGAAAAUAUUUAGUAAAAAAAUGUGGUGGAUGAUGAAUGAAAAUGGCGGCCAUUACUGCUCCAAGAAGAGUGAUGAUAUCUGUGAUGAUAUUUGUGGCCAGGACUCAGGCCGAAUUUUGAGCAUGUCCAGAAUCCGGUGUAUUCUUCGUGGCAUGGAUUUAAAGACAUAUUUGCUUCUGUUUAUACUCGUGCCAACCUGUGUGUAUGGUAUUUACAUGCAUGGACAGAAGAUCUCAUACUUUUUCCGGCCAUUAUGGGAAUCCCCUCCUAAAAGGUUCAAUGAAAUCCCACACUAUUAUCAUGAGAAUGUUUCGAUGGAGAACCUCUGCAAACUCCAUGGUUGGGGAAUUCGUGAGUUCCCAAGACGUGUUUAUGAUGCAGUGUUAUUCAGUAAUGAAUUGGACAUCCUUGCUUUGCGAUGGAAAGAAUUGUACCCAUACAUUACACAGUUUGUUCUCCUCGAAUCUAACUCAACCUUCACUGGGAAAGAAAAGCUUCUCUAUUUUGCCAACCAUCGAGAUCAGUUUGAAUUUGUUGAGCCCAGGUUGACCUAUGGAACUAUCGGAGGGAGGUUUAAGAAAGGAGAGAACCCAUUUAUCGAAGAGGCAUACCAGCGAGUAGCAUUGGACCAACUUAUCAAAUUAGCAGGGAUUUCUGAUGAUGACUUGCUUAUAAUGUCAGAUGUUGAUGAGAUACCAAGCAGACACACUAUCAAUCUUUUGAGGUGGUGCGAUGACAUUCCUUCAGUUCUUCAUCUCCGGCUGAAAAAUUAUCUCUACUCUUUUGAGUUUCUCGUGGACAAUAACAGCUGGAGAGCUUCAGUCCACAGAUAUCAGACAGGCACGACGCAGUAUGCACAUUAUCGCCAGGCAGAUGACAUUUUGGCAGAUGCAGGGUGGCACUGCAGCUUCUGUUUCCGCCGAAUAAGCGAGUUUAUAUUUAAGAUGAAAGCUUACAGUCAUGUUGAUAGAGUCAGGUUCAAACGUUACUUGAACCCUGAAAGAAUCCAGAGAGUAAUUUGCAAGGGUGCUGAUUUAUUUGAUAUGCUUCCAGAGGAGUACACAUUCAAGGAAAUUAUUGGGAAAAUGGGACCAAUUCCUCACUCCUAUUCAGCUGUUCAUCUUCCAUCAUAUCUUCUGGAGAACGCUGACAAGUAUAAAUUUCUCUUGCCUGGGAACUGCUUAAGAGAAAGUGGGUGAUUCUCUUGAACGCUUCAGAAUCUGUUUUUGUAAAGGUUAGGUGGAGCUGCAGCUUGUGUAACUCCUUAUGAAAGCAGCAACCGAACAUUUUCCAUCUGUAGCGAGUGACUGGUACAGCGUGCUAAAUGUCAAAACUGAAUAUGGGAAAUGUUUGAAGAGUUGGGUAAUUUCUUGAGUUUUCUAAUGUCACAUUAUGUAAAUAGCUUUCUUCCGGAAUUUGGGUUUUAUUCAACCUGGAGCUUUACUUUACUGGAUGGGGAACUCGCUGUUAUGGGAACAGCCUAUUUGUCACCGGUUUCUUAUGUGCUUCCUAGCAUUCAUAUAACCUGACUCUCCAAAAACACUUGAUAAAUAUUUUGAGGUUUCAGGGAUUCUCCUGUAUUGGGAAUUUUUGUUCUGAUACACUUUAUUUUUUCAUGUCUUUAAUUUCUUGAUUUAUACCAUUUCGUUUAUACUAUACUUAGAUCA